CUGUUUCAAUUUACUCUCAGAGCCUUCAAUUUCUCCCAGUUAACAAUUUUUUGUUCACUCUUUCUCUCAAAGGUACAUACCUCUCAGGAUUGCUUUGCGGAAUAUCAUCGUCUUCGUUUCUGCAGCCUCUGUGCCGGUGUUAUAUCAGCGAAUGCUUGUGAAUCUUCCUGUGACCGGUUGGCUGAAAUCUGCACCCUCCAACAAAUUGCCUUGGCUCCGUCGUGGAAACGAUUUAUCAACGCUCUGCAAGAGGUUAUGGAUUUAUUAGACAAAUUCCCCAAAGUUCACCGGCCACUUCAGAUGCACCUCACCGAUGCCAUUAUGAAUUUGAAAUCCGUCUACACUAUGCAUGAACAAGAGAUAAUGACCAACUGUUCAACUAUUCCGUCUCAUAGUGGAGGUAUUCCCAACGCAGACCCAAUUGUCGGUGGCAACCCUGGGGGUCGAUGGCCUUACGGCGGAAAUCUUCGACGCUCUCGUCGUCAACUACCACCUCCCUCGUCCUAUUACAAACCUCCGCCCAUUGUCCUUCAACAACCCUCUCCUCCCACGCUGGGCUCUUCAAGACCACUUGCCUACGAAACCCGACCCCUUCCAGCAGUUUCUCUUACUGAACAGGAGAUUGCUAUUCUACAGUCAUGGGUUAAGGAAACCAAACAACGUGCCUUGGCAUUAGCAUAA